UAAAGUUUACAGGUCUGUGAUUUGGCAUUUGUUAAUGUCAAAGAUUAUUCCUUCUAUGCUCAUAUUAUUCAACGUCGUGCCAUUUUCUGGUUAGUGAUGGAGACGCCACCAACUUGGCUGUAGUGUUAGUGAUCAAUUUCUUUGCUCAUGGAUGGGCGCCUCGUAUGCUAACGUAUGGCUUGGGUUUCAUGCGUCUCUCCUUCGGGCAAAACUAUAAUUUAAUUUGUCUGUGCUUGUCUGCGUGAAUAACCGCCUACUCUCCGGUGAUAAAACGACAAUUAUUGUUCCUAUAUAAGGAUCACUGUGAGCAGUGGACGCUGGUGAAGGUUAUUUUUGAGACAUCCGCGUGCGAAGUCUAAUCCACGGUGGAUGUGCCCACCGCGCGCUAUGUUGUGUUAUAUUUCUUGAUGGCAUUACCCCAGUAUGGCUGUGUAGCAUGGCCGUGGCUCCGGUACCAACGACUCGUGGACCGCGAUGGCGUUUAGUCCCGUCCUUGCGGACCCCUUGUCCAGGAGCAUCUUUAAGAAAUUCGCAGUCAUGCUGUGUUCGCUCCUCACCUCCCUGUACUUUCUGCACAGCCUUACCGACCGCUGCAGCACCAUGCCCUCUCCGGUUCGGUCUUCGGACCAAGUUGCGGGGCUCCUCGCUUCGGAUCUGCACGACAUGCGCGCGAUGAGAAGGAAGCGACUGCUUCAGAAAUGGAUAAGCAAGCCCGGCGCGGUUUACUACGAGGCGGACAGACAAGCCUCAAGGUACGAAGGCGCCGUGUUUGCUGGCAGCGAGAGUGGCCGCGAGGAUCACGAAGGAGACGGCGCGCUGCGGGUCGAGCUGUCCCUGCCCGGGUCCGUGUCGAACUUGGAUAUAUUGGCACGGGAGUCACGUGUGGACACGCGGACGGGCAGCCCAGGUAAGCUCAGCCCGCUGGGCGAGGGUACGAAGAAGCUACCUCAAGCCAUUAUCAUCGGAGUGAAGAAAGGAGGCACGCGCGCAUUGCUCGAGUUCCUCCGCGUGCAUCCCGACAUCAGGGCCGUGGGAGCUGAACCACACUUCUUCGACCGAAAUUAUGACAACGGGCUGGAGUGGUACAGGGACCUGAUGCCCAAGACGCUGGAGGGCCAGAUCACCAUGGAGAAAACCCCCAGUUACUUUGUGACGCGCGAGGCUCCGGCUCGGAUCAGCGCCAUGUCCCGCGACACCAAGCUGAUCGUGGUGGUGCGGGACCCCGUGACGCGGGCCAUCUCCGACUACACGCAGACGCUGUCCAAGAAGCCCGACAUUCCCUCCUUCGAGAGCCUCACCUUCAAAAACAGGACUACGGGGCUGAUUGACACCUCCUGGAGCGCCAUCCAGAUCGGCAUCUACGCCAAGCACCUGGACAACUGGCUGCAGUACUUCCCCAUGGGCCAGAUCCUGUUUGUGAGCGGCGAGCGGCUCAUCAGCGACCCGGCCGGAGAGCUGGGCCGCGUGCAGGACUUCCUGGGCCUCAAGCGCAUCAUCACGGACAAACACUUCUACUUCAACCAGACCAAGGGCUUCCCCUGCCUCAAGAAGGCCGAGGGCAGCAGCAAGCCCCACUGCCUGGGCAAAACCAAAGGCCGCACCCACCCCAACAUCGACCCCGAGGUGGUGCAGAGGCUACGGGAAUUCUACCGGCCGUUCAACAUGAAAUUCUACCAGAUGACCGGACGCAUAUUCGGGUGGGACGAUUGAUAUGUGCCUCAUGUUGCGUCUGCGGUAUUGCUUUCGGAAAAAAGGAACUGAAUAGAACAAAAAGAGACUGUUGCACUGUCUUUAUCACAAAAGCACUAUGCCUACCAAUGAUGGAGAUGCAAGGGGCUUGGGGUCUAUGAACGCAGGGAAGCAUAUGCAAUGCCGAAAUUCCAGUAAUGAUAAGAAAUGAAACACUUCCCACACAACUCCUUUCAAGCACAUGGACAGCCUCUUUUUCAAGGAAAUAGACCCCAGGUUGUAAGGUGUGUGAAUUGGUGUGUGUGUGUGUGUGUGUGUGUGUGUGUUUGUGUGAAAAUGUGUUUGUGUGUGUGUGGAGUAUUAAGCACCAUCAGGAUGAAGCGUUUUCCAUUUCCUUGCUCCUAACAAACAAUGCUUGCACAUCAGCGACUGUCAGAGUCCCAUAUUGGGUUCGGAGCGAGGGAACAUCAGAAAUCAGAAGAAAAAAAACGUCUGACAGAAACUGCAGCUCAGAUAACUGGUUCUGGCCACCUCCUCUACGCACUUAGCUGUGUACAAAGCUUUGCAUUGUUCUUUUGUUAAGAAAAAAGGUAUAUAAAAAAGAAUAAAAACAAACUGUAUUUUUUGAAAGUUAUUUAUUUAAAUAGAAGGCUAUGAUAACGAUGAAGAUGAUGAUGAUGAUGAUGUAUACAGCAUAGCUAUUUUGAAUAAUCAUCACCUGUUUGUAUAUGCUCCCAGACUCUCACAGACUCCCAGGCUGUUCAUGGUGCCUUUGUUGAAACAUAUCACAUACUGAACCUUCCCUCAUAUUUCUAAAGAUGACUUUAAUUAUUCUCUUUUACUUUGCACGUUUUCCCACACUCAGAGGCCGCUCGGUGCAGCACGAGUCUAGGAGGCUUUGUUAUUGCACUGGCUCGCUUCCCCUUGGCUCCCAAUUAGGCAAGUUAAUUGAAUUAGGGAGGGCAGAUUUGUCUGUUUCGAUAGCAGCCGAGGAGAGGACACGAGCGGAGACACGGACUGCAAGAACUCAAUUACUUCUCUGGCCCUGUUUACAUGGACGCCGAUGAUGUCAUUGUUUUACCUUACCCUCGAUAUUUAUCCCUUCCCAAAAUACACACACACACACAAACACACAGAUAAAAUGCAGAUAAACUAACAUACAGAUAUGCCAUCACACGUGAACACACAGCUCUACAAACACACACAAACACAGAGAUAAGAUUCAAAUAAACAGGCAACUUUGCACACACAAACACACACACACACACACACACACACACACACACAAUAACUUGCGGGGGAUGUUUUUGUGUGGAUUGCUUGGUUGAAUUCUCUCUGAUGUCAACUGUGCCUCAAACAGAAAAACACAAUCAGUACUUUACAUUUCUGUCUAUGUUUCUGUUCGUUUGUUUGUUUUGUUCAGUCACUUUGAUUUGGGUGACAAAAGACAACAAACACAUGCAAAUUCUGUUCCUGAAUUGUUUGUUCUGAAUCACAUCAUUCUGUGAGAGGUUUACAUAUUUAAUUUAAAGCCUUGUUGAAUUUUAUAAAGCACACUUUUAAUUAAAAAA